AUGCUCCGUAGAGAGGGGAAAAAACGACCCCCCCCCCCCUGUAGUAGAUUUGCUCUUAGCUCAUUUUUUGGCACCGUUCCUCCACGGGAGUUCUUGCAUUUACUCUUUACGCGAGAGAGGAAGAAAGAAGGUUCGAGCGUUAGAGCUGGGUUUGUGAGGGACGGGGUUGUUGUUAUUGUUAUCGCUACUUGUUUUCCCCACCUCCCUGUCCUGGCGAAAGCUCAAAGCGCUAAAAUGGAGGCGGAAAGAUCCGGCGGAGUAGCAGGGGGAACGAACCAGAACUCUGGAGGCAGCGGCGUGGGGCGCAACCCGAACGGGCCGAAAUCAGUGCUCGGGCAGGCGACAACAGCAGCAGCGGCAGCGAUGGCUGGAUCGUCGCAGCCUCGAGAACCACAAGACGGCGACGCAGGCCUAUCGCUUCCCGGGAUCUUGCACUUUAUCCAGUUCGAAUGGGGACGCUUCCAGACCGAGAAAUAUCGUUGGGAAGCCGAGCGAGAUGAACUCAGGGCUCAGGUGACGUUCCUGCAGGGUGAGAGGAAGGGGCAGGAGAACAUGAAGCAGGACCUGGUCAGGCGGAUUAAGAUGUUGGAGUACGCCCUUAAACAAGAGAGGUCCAAACACCAGAAGCUGAAGACAGGCAGUGACCAGAGCCCAGGGGAGAAGAAACCAGAGGCAGAACAAGUGCCUAAUGGGCCAGCAGAGUCUGAAUCUGAGCCAGCCAAUCAGAUGUCCUGGAAGGAGGGCCGUCAGCUACUGCGCAAGUACCUGGAGGAGGUGGGCUACUCGGACACCAUCCUGGACAUGCGUUCGAAGCGUGUGCGCUCCCUGCUGGGUCGUACCAGCCCCGAGGCUAACGGCGCCCCGGCCAGCAGCGAGCAGCAGCCCGCCCCGGACCCUGAGCCCCUGGCAGGGGGGGAGUCACUCCUCAUCAGACAGAUAGAGGAGCAGAUCAAGAGGAACGCGGCGGGGAAGGAUGGUUCUAAGGAGCGCCUGGGUGGUUCCGUGCUGGAUAAGAUCCCCUUCCUACACGGCUGCCAGGAUGACGAUGAGGAUGACAGUGAUGAGGAAGAUGACUUCCAGGGCAUGGGCGCGGACCGUAUAGACGGGCAGCGCAACAAGAACAAGAAGCUGCGCGUUAAGAUGGGGACUGAGCCCACGACCACAGACCUGGACCCUGAUGACGAGGAGGAGGAUGAAGACGACUCGGAGGAUGCCCUGAGCGAGUUUGACUUCCUGGGAUCAGGGGAGGAGGGGGAGGGGGCGGGAGAGGCCCGGAUCUCAGGGGACGGCCGGGAGUUAGAGAACCGCAGGAACAAGUUACAGGGCUUGAUGUCGGACUUCCCCCCCAAACCCUCCCCGCCCCCCUCUGUUUUGGGACAGUCUCGCUCCGGGGAAGGUGGCGCUCUGGGUUUUUCCUCCGACGUCUUCAUCCUGGACGCCGUCGGGGGCGGAGACAUGAACCUGGGGGAGCUGGCUGACCUCACCGUCGCCAACGACAACGACCUCACUGUGGAUCUACAAGAUAACCGGGAGGAGUUCAAGAAGACGUGGAACCCUCGCUUCACGCUGCGCAGCCACUUUGAUGCCAUCAGAGCGUUGACGUUCCACCCCAGCCAAGCCGUUCUACUCACAGCCUCCGAGGACGGAACCCUGAAGCUGUGGAACCUCAACAAGGCCAUACACUCCAAGAAAAAUGCAGCGCUGGACGUUGAACCCAUCUACACCUUCAGAGCCCACAGUGGUGCAGUUCUGUCUCUGGCAAUGGGAGAGGACGGAGACUCGUGCUACAGCGGGGGUCUGGACGGAACCGUGCGCUGCUGGAAGAUCCCUGACAUCAACGUGGAUCCCUACGACAACUACGACCCGGGUAUAGAGAGCAGUGUGUUGUCGGGUCAUGAGGACUCAGUGUGGGGUCUGACGUACUCUGCCCACCAACAUCGGCUGGCCUCCUGCUCUGCAGACGGGACCGUUCGCAUCUGGGCACCCCAGAACUCUGCCCCCUGUCUCUCCGUCUUCAACAAGGAGAAAGAGCACGGAACACCCACCUCGGUGGCCUUUGUGAACUCUGACCCCGACCAGGCGGUGGUGUCAUUCGACGGCGGCAAGACGCUGCUCUAUGACCUCAACACAGAGCAGAGCAUCAUGGUCCUGGAGACCGGCACCAAGGACGGCAGUAAGCUGAUUAACUGUGUGGUCAGCCACCCCUCUGAGCCCAUCUCCAUCACCGCACACGAGAACCGCACUAUCCGCUAUCUGGACAACAAGACAGGAAAAGUGAUCCACUCCAUGGUGGCACACCUGGAUGCUGUCACCUGUCUGACCACGGACCCCAAAGGCACUUACCUCAUCUCUGGCAGCCAUGACUGUUCGGUGCGUCUGUGGAUGCUGGACAACAGGACGUGUGUGCAGGAGAUCACGGCCCACAGGAAGAAGCACGACGAGGCCAUUCACGACGUGGCCUUCCACCCCUCGCAGCCCUUCAUCGCCUCGGCCGGCGCCGACGCACUCGCCAAGAUCUUUGUCUGAGAGGAGGCACAGACGGGGACCAUCAUCCUCCUUGCCCGACAAACACAACUUGGCCAGAGGAGAGUGAUGACUACAAUGGACAAACCUCACCUGCCUACACACGCAAUUUUACAGUUACACACGCACACACACACACACAGACAGACAUCCAGUGACAUACACACACGAGACUGUGUCCUGCACCCCACUGGCUGGGUCAUCGCCAACAGGACACUAUUACCCACAGUUCUCUAGCUGUCCCAUGAUGCCUCACUAACUUGUUGCAAUACUAACCAUACUGCUUUUCUAACGACUAAUCUGGCUGCUCGGUUUCUUAGGUCAGUUUACUACACUGUAAUGCUCUGUUCAUUUCUACCUUUACAGUCUACUCAUGGUUCUAAUUAAGGCAGUGUGCGUGUUGACAUUGAUCACUACACAUGCCGAUGCAUCACCUACUACAAUUAGUGACGCGCACACACACACACACACACACGCGGAUUAACAUUCCGUUUGAAACUGUGUUUUUUUUAAACGUUUUUUAGAAAUAUAUAUAAAAAGCUUAGCUCGCCAGUUGCUAACACACAUAAGUACCUGACUACAGUAGAGUCCAGUCCUCAUCAAGUGACGGCGUUAGCCGUUGUCUACUGCAAUACAGCGUGGGGUCACAAUGCAUUUCCAUUCCAAAGGCUUCUGAGGGUUUUAGUUUGUGUGUGUGUUUUUGGAGUCUUCUCCUAGCCAGUGUUGGACAAACAGCUUUAAUUUCAGCCUCAUCGCCGAGACACUAAGUCUGAGUGUUUGUGUGUCCGGUAUUGUACGGUCAUCCAUUUCAGUAGAAUCAAGUCUGAUAGGAAAUGGGUGUGUGUGUGUGUGUUGCACUUGUUUAAUCUUUGGUGCUAAGAUCUCGUCAGUCCGAGUCUGAAUCAGGGACAUGUUUGCAUUCGAGGUGUGUGUGUGUGGAGUACUCUUUGUCUCACUGGGAUAUUUGAUAUUUGAUUUGAUUUGAUUUGAUAUUUGUCAUCAACAGUAGCAUGAAAUGGCUUGUAUCAUGCGUCACUCUCCAGCCACGACAUCUGUUUGUGUUGAGAUACUGUAUGGGUAAUUUUUUUUAUCCCAUAAGAAGACUAACACGCUAUGCUAAGCAGACACUUUUUUCUACUGGUUUCCUUUUAUAUUUGUGUGUGUGUGUGUGUGUGUGUGUGUGUGUGUGUGUGUGUGUGUGUGUGUGUGUGUGUGUGUGUGUGUGUGUGUGUGUGUGUGUGUGUGUGUGUGUGUGUGUGUGUGUGUGUGUGUGUGUGUAAGUUGGCCUUUGUCAUUUCAUCAGGAUAGCUGGUUUGUGAAAGAGUUUGUGGAGAUGAUGCCACAGUGGAGACCUCUGACUGAAACGGUUGACGUUGAGAGAAAGUGACACUACUCCCAAUAUGGCGUCCUGUAUUCUCCCUUCCUUAAGUCGGCAUCAAGUCAGAAUGGUCCUUCGUGCCGGUGUAUUUAUUUAGGCUUGCGCUUGGAAACAUAUUAUCCAUUGAAAUAGCUGUUAGGUUUCUGGUUUUGGUGCGAGUCCUCAUAGUGGGAAACUGGCCUCUCUCCAGUGUCAAUGGAGCCAGCAGGGGAAAUUGCCCCCAGGAUAUGGGAACAAAAGGCACAUAAAGAGCCCUCCUUCCUCUCCCUUUCCCCUAUGGAGGGGAAACAAGAACAAACACUACCUAACCCUUAGCCCCCCUUACAUUGGCCUCCGACAAAUACUGAACUAGACAGGGUUGGUGUCUGUUCACCAAGCAGUCACUUUGGGCUUGGAUUAUUGUUCCUGUUUUUUUCCUGGAAGGGAAAACAAGCGUGGACAAAGUGCGACGCCACUCUGAGCCGCGGGCGACCGCUAAAGACUGGACAUAUCGGUCAGAGAUCAGGGGUGAUGUCGUUAGGUAGCCGGUUUAUUUUUUUGAACUUUCCGGGGUGGAGGCAGAGGGAGCCCUACGGGCAGAUCUCUGGCUGUGGAAACAUGGUUCCACCAGGCCAGGGCAGAGCAGGGCAUGGCAGUAAAGAAUUAAUGGUCCAGUAGCACCAUGUCAAUCGGUAACUGGCCCUGAGCUGCCCCCAAACCUACUAAUCAACCCCUCUCACACGCCAGAGGGACAGGGUAGAAGUCGUCUCUAACCACUGAUUCCAGAUCAGAUAUUUCUUAAUCUCCUUAAUGGUUAAAGCCAGAAUUGUGGCUAUGGUUAUCUGAUCCUAGAUCUGUGGUUUAAGGUCAACUUUAACCAACUACAGUACAUGCAACAGGAUGACUACAGGGAUCCGAGAAAUGACUGAGAGGUCAACGUUUUCCUCUCCACUGCAAGGCCUUAUGGGAAAACACUCUGUGAUCUAGUCAGACAGGUGUCUUGGUUUAGUACAUGUCAGCUUCAUGUGUUUGCUAAAACAUGAUGGUUUCAGAUGUAUUGGAUUUGACGAGGCAGAGAGAAUGCCGAAAGUGCUCCUGUGGCACAUUGUGUGCUUUGUUGUUGAGAGGAUAAAUAUAGUACACAGUUGUUAAUCACCCACGCCCAUAACUGUUGGUUAUAUGCUGCACUACAUCAGCUGCACUAGACCCCAAGACUAGACCAAGGGGUUAUCUGUAGCUCAGCUGUGUCUUAGUGUGGCUGUGGAGACCAGGGCCCAGUUUCCCAAAAGCAUCUUAAAGAGCGACUGACCCUAAAAAAAAAGCAACUUCUCGUUUUUGAAAAUGGCCUACAUGAGUCAGAAACACGUAUUCUACUGUCAAAAUUGACUGCAGAGUGUAAUUUUGGUCAUUUUACAAGUCAGUCUCGUCCAAAACCGUUGUUACUAAAGUUGCAUUUGAAAACGCUCAUUAUUUUCCCGACUGCCUCAGAACAGCGGAGUGAGUCGUUAGAUGCUUUUUU